AUGAAUGAAGACACUGAUGAUUUAUGGUGGCUCGGCCUGCUUCGCGAGGCAUGCCUCGGAGUUCCGGACAAAACUGCUGAGGCUGCCUCGCGAGCCUUCGCUCGCCAGCCGCACACCGAGGCUGCCGCGGGAGCCCGUGCGCUAGGUGUUUAUGCGAAUGAUCAAGGCCGACGUCCCCUGGUGGGACGGAACAAAGGAACGCGGUACGUACGGAAUUUGUGUAGGGAUGCAGUCUACUGCAUCCUUACACAAAUUCCGUACGUACCGCGGCAGUGGGCGCCAGCCCUAACUCGGUUUAAAGUUUUUUAUUAUGUAGAGCCAACUUUAAUAUUUAUUUGGACAUUUUAUGAUACAACGCAGACUAGAAAUGGGAGUCAUCAGAAUACGCCCCUAUCGCCAACCGUUGGUAUGGUUGUCGGCGCGGAAAUAAACGGAUCCAGACCUACCUUCAAACCAGUAACUGUCUUAGAAGAUUUGCAGGCGGUUCGAUGUGCCGAGUUUCACCCUAACGGCAAACUAUAUGCCGUUGGAUCCAAUACGAAAACUCUCAGGAUAUGCACCUAUCCUAAAAUCGAUGAUGUCAAGGAAAACAGUGCUCCAACAGCUCCAACUGUGCUCCUGAAGCGUACGAAGCAUCAUAAAGGGAGCAUUUACUGCCUCGCAUGGAGCCCCGCUGGUGAUCUACUGGCGACCGGUUCCAACGAUAAGACUGUCAAAUUGAUGCGGUUUAACAGUCAUGCUUGCAAUUUGGAGGGUCAAGAGGUGGAGUUGACGAUGCACGAUGGUACUGUUCGAGACGUGUGCUUCAUAGAAGACACAUCGAAUAAAACGAGCCUCUUGGUGAGCGGCGGUGCUGGCGAUUGCAAGAUAUACGUAACCGAUUGCGCCACAGGCAAGACAUUCCAGGCUUUAAGCGGCCAUUCUGGUCAUGUGCUAUCGCUGUACACCUGGGGUGGAGCGAUGUUCGUGUCGGGUAGCCAGGACAAGUCUGUCCGCUUCUGGGAUUUACGUACCGGAGGCUGUGUCAAUAUCAUUUCGCCACCCAACGGACAUCCAAAUAAGGGAUCGGCAGUGGCGUCACUAGCGGUGGACCCCAGCGGUCGUCUUUUGGUAUGCGGUCACGACGACGGUUCGUGCGCUUUGCAUGACGUGCGCGGUUCCCGCGCCUUGCAACGUUUCACGCCGCAUUCCGGGGACGUGAGGAGCGUUCGUUUUUCUCCCGGUGCCUACUACCUCCUCACCGCAGGAUACGACGGUCGCGUCGUCCUCACAGAUUUGCAGGGUGACUUGACUUGCACCUUACCGAGUGUUCCGGUCGCUCGUCACCCGGACAAAGUGAUAUCAGCGCGAUGGCAUCCCGACGAUUUCUCCUUCUUGUCUACAUCAGCGGACAAGACCGCAGUACUGUGGACGAUACCGCCCGUGUAA